AUGGCCCAAGAAGGGCUUUUCUCCACGAGAGUAGUCGUGCUGUCUCAUGCAUGUAUCCCAAUUCCUGACAGCAUGAGCCUCCCGGAUGCCGCGGCCUUCCCUUGCGUUUACGGAACUGUUAUUCUAGGUCUUUUAUACCAGGGAAGCCUGCGGAAAGGACAGACUAUACUGCUACAUUCAGCCUGCGGCGGUGUGGGCCUUGCAGCAAUAGCUAUUAGCGAGAUGCAAGGUGCGGAGAUAUAUGCGACAGUAAGGAGUGACACUAAAGCGGAAUAUCUGAACAACCGAUUCGGAAUUCCAAUAGACAGAAUCUUUAACCCUCAUAGUCAAUCGUUUGAGGUUGAUCUGAUGAAAGCAACGAAAGGCAGAGGAGUUGACGUCGUUUUGGAUUCCCUAGCAGGAGAGCUACUGCAUGCAUCCUGGAGAUGUGUUGCACCGUUUGGAAAAAUGAUUGAAAUUGGGAAAAGAGAUCUUAUGGGUCAUGGUUCUUUGAGCCUGGCGUCUUUUCUAGAAAAUAGGUCUUUUAUCUGUGUCAGCCUGGACAAGGUCUUGUUGGAGCAUCCAGAAGUUUACUCGCAGGUGGUCACCGACGGGUUAAAGUACAUUCAACAAGGGCUUGUUGAACCAAUCCGGCCGAUUCGGUUCUUUCCCGCGACUGAAGUAGAACAGGCUUUCCGUCAUAUGCAGAAAGGAGAGCACAUCGGAAAGGUUCUUAUCCAAAUGCCAGAGAACCCAGAAGCCCUCCCAACUUCGCCAGAUGCUCAGCUAUACCAGUUCUCCCCUCAAGCGUCCUACCUGAUAACUGGAGGGCUUGGUGGAAUCGGCCGCUCUAUGUCCCGGUGCAUGGUUGACAAUGGAGCGCGUGAAAUAGUAUACCUGUCUAGGUCUACUAGGAACGCUAAUUUCAUAUCCGAGUUAGAGGCACAGGGCUGUCGCUGUACCGUUGUGCAAGGGAGUGUGGCAGUGCGGGAAGGAUGUACAGAAGGCUCUUCAGAGCUGCGUCUAUCCCUUGAAAGGAAUCUUUCAUAUGGCAAUGUCUCUCAAGGUACGGGUUCCCUAGGUAGUCUUCUCAUUCUGCUCGUCUCUCGGCAUUCUGAUAAAUCAUUUCCACAGAUGACUCACAACGAAUGGCGUACUGCACUAGAAGCAAAAUUGACUGGCACGUGGAACCUACAUCAUGCUCUGAGGCAGGUUGAAGGUCUCGAAUUUUACCUACUUUUCAGUUCAAUAUCCGGGAUCCUAGGACAGCGUGGUCAAGCUAACUAUGCGGCUGCUAAUGUGUUCAUGGAUGCAUUUGUUCGGUACCGCCACUCUCUUGGACUCCCAGCGUCAGUCAUCGAUAUCGGGGUAGUCGGGGAUGUAGGAUAUGUCUCAGAAAGCAUCCAAAACAGCCAAGCCUUAAAGACGGCAUUUCAGGGUUAUAAAGUUAUUACAGAGCAUGAAUUGCUCCAAGCGAUUCAUCUCUCACUCACCCAGCAGAGCGAACGGGCUAGUAUGAGCCAGAUGGCUAUUGGGUUAUCGCCCGCGAAUGACCCGCAUCGUCCAACUAUACUCUGCGACCGGGAUAUACGAAUGAGGCUGUUAUUUUCCAAAGGGAUAGAAAAAUGUGGAAACACCAGUGACUUCAGUGAGAUACCCACACUGUUAAGAAAAGCAUUCGAAGACCCGGAGUUUCUUGGUACACCGACAGCCUUAGGCAUUGUUCACCAGGAUAUUGUACGAAUAUUGAAAUCGUUUUCCACAGGUGGCGACAGCAUAGGGCUUCAACAGCCCUUUCAUCAAGUCGAUCUGGAUUCCCUAGUUAUGACUGAGAUGCGUAUUUGGAUCCAACGAGCAUUCCAGAUCGAGAUGGGGAUCCCAGAGAUCAUGGGGGCCGGACAUAUCGAUGGACUGUCCCAUAUUGUUCUUCAGAAGCUGGAAGAAAAAUGCAAGACGAUGUAG